UUGAUGAAAGGCAAGAUUGUCCGAAAAUCGCUUCCCGAUAUUCUUCAAGUCACUUUACAGCCCUGAGCCGGUGUCCGAACCGUAUACCUUGCCGAACCGCCAUGAAUCGACGACCGUCGUCCUCCGGGAGACUCAGGAGUCGCUUUGCGGUCGCUUUACUAGUGGUCACGCUUCUCGUCGUGCUCUCCGUAUCGAUGCCAUUUAGUUUCAUUGUCUUCAAAGGUUCCCGGGACACUGCUGGAUUUCUCAUCGACAUGUUGUCGGUCAGUAUCGGAAGUAAUGUGGCGAUCAAUGUGCUCGACCUUACAGAGACAUGUUUCACGAGCAUGCGAGAGACCAUGGACGGCACAGUUAUGCAUAAGUUCCUCAGCGCAUAUGCUGCAAAUCACUCGCUACUGUUCGAGGAAUACGGAGACGAAUAAGUGAUUGGCCGGACCCUAUUCGUUCAGGACAAUGAAUACUGAGAAUGUUUUCGUUCGGCUUUCCUGCUGAUGGUAGGCUCCUUGUUGAGCUAAUGUACACAGCCAGGCGCAAUAUGGACGUCGUGAUAUUCAACACAAUGACGGAUGGAAUGACCGACCAGGCAUAUGCGGGUAUAUUUAACAGAUAAGUCGGUGCCAAAACGUAAGUGUACAUU